AUGGCGUUUAUGCCAGUGAAGUUCGACCUGCCAAAGAGGGUUAAGCUAGCUCAGGCUCUCUGGCUGCUCUACUGGCUCUCGGUGAUGGUGGGCAUCCUCAUCUUCAGCCUGGGCAUCUUUUUCAAGAUAGAGCUCCGUAAGAGGAGCGAGAUGAUGGACAACAAUGAGAGCCACUUUGUCCCCAACCUGCUCAUCCUGAUGGGGAUGAUCACAUGUGGUGUCAAUGCCUUCGGCGGCAAGGUGUGCCAUGACUCUCUUGACCCCGUCAAGUUCCCCAAGUGGAAGCCGAUGCUGCGGCCCUUCUUUCUGUUCUGCUGCGGCUUCAACCUUCUGCUGCUGGUCACUGCCCUUCUCUGCUUCCUCAUGCAGUUUGCCCUCUAUCUGACACUCGCUGAAGGCCUGAAGAAUGGCAUCAAGUUCUACAAGGACACAGACACGCCUGGACGCUGUUUCAUGAAGAGGACAUUGGACAUGACCCAGAUUGAGUUCCGCUGCUGUGGGAACAACAACUUUAGGGACUGGUUUGAGGUCCAGUGGAUCAGCAACCGCUACCUUGACAUGAGCAACGAUGAAGUCAAAGACCGUGUCCUUAGUAACGUAGAAGGGAAGUAUCUGAUGGAUUCAGUUCCCUUCAGCUGCUGUAACCCUGGCUCCCCACGCCCCUGCAUCCAACAUCACCUCACCAACAACUCUGCCCACUAUGACUACGACCACCGAAUUGAGGAGCUCAACAUUUGGACCCACGGCUGCCGUGAGGCCCUGGUGUCCUACUAUGGUGGUAUCAUGAACAGCAUUGGAGCCCUGAUUAUCGUGACCAUUGUCCUGGAGUCUGUGGACAUGGCAGGUCUGAAGUAUCUGACCACAUCUCUGGAGACGCUGUCCGACCCGGAGAACCCAGAGAGCGAGAGCGAGGGCUGGCUGCUGGAGAAAGGUUUUAAGGAGACCUUUGUUGAGCUGAUGACAAAAAUCAAAGUGCUGGGGAAAGGAAACCAGGUGGAGGAGGGUGGGGGGGGGGAGGCCGCAGCAACCUGA